AAUACACUUUUCCCAAAAGGUUUCCACAGUUUUGGGCACUACUGUAGGUCUUUGGCUCCUCUCUCCCUGCAGAGCAGUUGAUGAUCGUCUCUGAUUUGUGAUUGUGUCUGGUUCUACAGACCUUGAAAUGCUGAGAACAGCUCUUGGGGCGAGCGAGGUCCUCUCCAUGGAGUAUCACACCACCCGGACAACUGGCCGAGAGGCAGAUACAAAGAUCAAUUUGCUCCCGUGUCAGAUACUUCAGGACUGAGUCUGCAAUCAGCCCCCUGAACUGACAGCAUGAGAGUGGAACAAGCCAGGAGCUGACAUGGAACUGACUUGUGGGAUGUGUUCAGUUUGUGUGAUACCAGGGGAGGCUCCUCCUCUCUCCCAUUUAUCAAGAGCUGUGCAAUUAACAUCUGUGGCCCACCGAGUGCUCUGCUUUCGGAGAGACUUCCUUUAUCCACACAUAAUGCCUAAUAACCAAAAUGUAGCCUGUGGUUAUGUUACAAUUGGCCAGAGAGACAAGCAUCCAUCUCCAAAGAUGCACGCACGAUGCGCACAAACAACUGGCAGAGGUUAAAUCAUACCACAGUGGCCUCCAAAUUGACUUUUUUUUUUGGACCGUACACCUGAUGGCUUAGCAUUCCCCAAACUGAAAUUCUUGCUAGGUCUUGGGCCCCAACUGUUCCCUUUCCCUAACAAACUAUAGAUCUAAAAAGUGACAUUGCUCCUUCACAGAGUGAAGACUCUGGAAAGGGCCCCACCAUUGAGUUAUUUCUGCCUUCCUUCUGCACCAGGGCUCCACUUUGCCACUCCACGUAAUCCUGUCAGUGCCUACUCGGUGUCCUGCUGCCCAGAGAACACAUUACCGGACGUCAUUGCUUCCUGCACCUGUCAAGUCUACCUGGAAGGAUCAAUUUCUACAAAGCCCCAGCCCUGCUGAGUUGCUGACAGGCAGAGGAGCACCAUGUUUGGACCCUGGGCCUUCUCUUCUAAGAGAACUUCUGAUUCAGACAUAAUAUGGGGACCGGGGCCUCCAUUUCCCUCUGUCAAUCGUUGUCAUCUGUAAAACUGAAGCAAGGUGGAAAUAAAAUUGGACCGGAGCCUCAAAGAAUUUUUGGUUCUCCCCUUGAUAUAGUCGCCAAGGAUACGACACACCGGUCUGUUCCUUUAGUUGUCCAACACACAGUGGAAUAUUUAGAAGAGUUUGGGCUAAAUCACAAAGGCCUCUUUCGGAUCAAUGGAUCAGCAGCCAAAAUCAGGGCGCUUAGAUUAAAGUAUGAUCAAGGAGAAGAAGUUGACCUUGUUAAGGAAGGAGAUAUCAACUCUGUUGCCAGCAUCCUUAAACUGUUCCUGAAUCAGCUGCCAACCGCUGUUUUCCCGGAGGAACUGUGCACAGAUAUUUGGGCCAUUUUUGAAGUAAACAAAAACUGCGCCACGGAGCAAACGAGAUGUCUAAAAAGGCUAUUAAGUCGCCUGCCGGAAGCCCACAGUCGCCUUGCUUGUUUCCUUGUUAGAUUUCUCGCCAAGGUGGCUGAAAACAGUGAUGUGAAUCAGAUGACCCUGGAGAACCUGGCCAUUGUUUUUGGCCCCACAUUAUUCCGAAUUCCAUGCAGCCCUUUGGCAUACAAAAAGCAAACCCUUUGUAAUGCCAUGCUCCUGCAUAUGCUUCAGCGCCACGAGGACCUCUUUCUGGAGAGCGCCAGCAAAUAUUUCUCCCCAAUGGAAGAGCAGUCCCAGGUUGCCUCCGUGCGCCAGGCUGAGGAUGCUUCUUCUUCACACCUUGCUAAAAAAAGCUCAGGCUUUCCAAGAAUAUUAUCUCUGUAGCCGUCUUCCCAAAUCCUUUCUGCGCACAAAUCUACAGCAGCUACUUCCAAACACCUUGCUUCAGGAAUCCCUCCUCAACUUUAAGGAUGAGGUAGUGAAGGUGCAGGAGGCAGAGUCCCCCUCCCCAACCGGUCUUCUGUUGGCGCCUCUUACCUGGCUGAACAUAGCCAUGGUCAACUUUGAGUGAUGAUUCUCCAGUCCUGCUCCGAGGACUUAGCUCUGAGCCCAGAUCACAGCAGUGGCAAACAGUGGGCAAGCAGAUGACCUGCCUCGGCCUUGGAAACACCAGAAGUGAUUUGAAAGAGAGCUGUUUUAGGUCCCACGGAACUGUCAGCAGGACGUUCCUUUGGAUGACAUGCUUUUGUGCAUCCCAGAACCCUUUUUUUUCCACGAUAAGGACUACUGGUGUCUCUACAAAAGAUCAUUUCUCUCUUGCCCGUCAUUACCGUUAUAAUUUGUCCCUCACCCCCUCUUCUUUUCCUCUUCACUUAACAUAAAUUCUCAUUAAAAAGUAGAGUUGAUUCUCAAGGAAUAAAAUUGACCAUACUAUUCAGACAACAUCUCCUGAUAUUCCAAUAUCUCAGGGGCUGCCAUAAAGAAGAGGGAAUUAAGCUAUUUUCCAAAGCACCUGAAGGCAGGACAAGAAGCAACGGGUGGAAACUAAUCAAGGAGAGAAGCAA